AUGGAGAAAGGGCUACCUACCGGUACACUUUUGCAAGGCAAGCCUCAAGGUGGGAGGAACCUGUCUGAGUGUCUGAUGCGGGCUUGGCGCCUCUUCUGCACUGCCACGGUCAUCUUGUUGCCCGAUGUUUCCUUACGAAGUACUCGUACGAAUCAACGAAAAGCCCGCGGAACAGCUCCUCACCCACCACGCGCUCAUCCGCGGUUCGCGGAGACGAGGAAAAGUUGGUUGGAUCCAUGA